AUGUGGGGAACAGUAUUGAAAAAUGGCACAGAAACCUUUGAAGCCUGGGAGGAUCCUCCUCCACCAGUCUACAUGCAGUUCUACUUUUUUAAUGUGACAAAUCCUUUGGAAGUGCUUCAAGGUGCUACUCCUCUCGUAGAGGAGAUAGGGCCGUACACCUACCGAGAAUACAGGCCAAGAGUGCACAUUCAGUUUUUGGACAAUGGCACCAAAGUGUCUGCUCUGAAUCCAAAGACUUACGUGUUUGAACGUCAGAAAUCAGUUGGAGACCCCAAAGUGGAUCGGAUUAGAACAGUUAAUAUCCCUGCAGUGACUGCAAUGGAGUGGACCAGGUCAACCUCUCUUCAAUUUGCCACCGAGGUGCUGCUGCUUCUGUACCAAGAAUCCCUCUUCACAGUUCACACCGUUCAUGAGUUGCUAUGGGGCUACAAAGACAAGCUCCUGUCAACCAUUCAUCUCCUGCGUCCAGAGAUCGACCCAGUGUUUGGCCUCUUUAAUAAGAUGAAUGGAACUGAUGAUGGAGAGUAUGUUUUCCUAAGUGGUGAAACAGACUACCUUAACUUCACAAGGAUUGUGGAAUGGAAAGGAAAAGAGUCUUUGAGCUGGUGGACAACAGAGACAUGUAACAUGAUCAAUGGAACAGAUGGGACAUCUUUUCACCCACUGAUUAGCAAAGAUGAGAACAUUUACAUCUUUUCUUCUGAUUUCUGCAGAUCUCUCUACCUGGUGUAUGACAGCUCAGGAACUGUUGCAAACAUCCCAACCUACCGCUUCGUGCCCUCUGCUAUGGUGUUUGCCAACACCACGGUCAACCCCGACAACGCUGGGUUCUGCGUGCCCCCUGGGAACUGCCCUGGCACUGGGGUCCUCAACGUCAGCAUCUGCAAGCAGGGUGCUCCAAUAUUCAUAUCAGCUCCACAUUUUUACCAAGCAGAUCCAAAGUUUAUAGAGGACAUAGAGGGCAUGCAUCCAAAAAAGGAAUAUCAUGAGACGUUUUUGGACAUCAAUCCUCUGACAGGGCUUGUCCUGCAGGCAGCCAAGCGGAUGCAAAUCAACGUUCACGUCAGGAAGUUGCCAGAAUUUUUUGAAACAGGCAACAUCCGAACACUGGUCUUCCCAGUGAUGUACAUAAAUGAGAGUGUUCUGAUUGAUGAAGUAUCUGCCAGCAAACUCAAGCAUGUCCUGCUGGAAGCCAGUGUUGUGACUGGAAUCCCCUUCGUAAUCAUGUCUCUAGGAAUUGUUUUUGGGAUUAUUUUUGUUGUGCUCGUGUGCAGGUCCCGAGGGAUAAGUGAAGAGGGUACUGAAGAUGAAAGAUCCCCACUCAUCAGGACAUCUUAG